AUGGACCUGUGGCAGAAAGUAUUCCAUAUAACAAUAUUCCUCGUCUUGUGUAGCUGUAGCAUAAGCUCAGAAGUAUGCUCAAAAGAUGCGAAUGAAUGUGAGGAAAACGAAGAAAACAAAUCAUGUGGUUGUUCCGUAAAUCGUGACAAUUCCAAAUACUCAAAAAAUUCCAUACACGAUGAGCCGCUAGAGGAAACGCAAAGUUCAAAGCUCACGCCGGCUUCAGAAACUCAGUAUCCUCGAACGCAUGGAAUGGUUAGUAUUCCAGAUGGGUCAUUUCAGAUGGGAACGAAUGAACCUGUUUUCGUUGCUGACGGAGAAGGACCGGAAAGAUUAGUCAAUGUUAACUCCUUCUAUUUGGACAAGUACGAAGUCAGCAACGCCGAGUUUGAAUUGUUUGUCAAUGCCACCAAUUACAAAACCGAGGCAGAGACCUUUGGUAACUCAUUUGUCAUGGACAAAUAUGUGAGUGAAGAAGUCAUGAAAGAUAUAAAACAGGCGGUGCAAGGUGCACCUUGGUGGGUGCCAGUAGAUGGUGCUGACUGGAGACAUCCAUAUGGAAUUGACUCCUCCAUUAAGAAGAUAAUGGACCAUCCUGUGUUGCAUGUUUCAUGGAAUGAUGCUGUAGCAUUUUGUAAAUGGAUGACUAAGCGUCUGCCUACAGAAGCAGAGUGGGAGUACGCCUGUCGUGGAGAAAAAGUAGGCAGAUUAUUCCCAUGGGGAAACAACGUUAACCCAAAGAAAGAGCACUGGAUGAACAUUUGGCAUGGCGAGUUCCCUAACUCCAACACGGCAGACGACGGUUACGAGACCACUGCACCUGUCACAGCAUUUCCAGAACAAAAUAAAUUUGGACUGAAGAAUAUCAUAGGCAAUGCUUGGGAAUGGACAUCAGACUGGUGGGAAACUCAACACACAUCAGAGCCUAAGGACAAUCCCACGGGUCCAGCCAAAGGCCCUGACAGAGUGAAGAAAGGAGGUUCUUUUAUGUGUCACGAGACCUACUGCUACAGAUACCGCUGUGCAGCCAGAAGUCAGAAUACACCCGAUAGCUCUUCUGUCAACCUUGGCUUCCGAUGUGCAAGUAAUAAACUACCAAAAUACCUACAGAGAGAUGAACUUUAAGAUUGUGCUUUUUCAUUUGUAAAUUUAAUAUCAUUAAGUGUGGAAUCAUAACAUGUAUGCUUUAAGGAGAAUGAUUGAGUAAUAGUUAGACAUCAGGACAACAAUUACCAUUGCUGCUGUGUAAUAUUGAUGAAUAGGAUCUGAAAUGAGUUCUCAUUACAUAUGAUGUUUUAUGGAGCGAGUCUUUACAAAAGUUUUUAUUUUUGUAAACUUAGUGAGCAAAACUUAUAAUUUGGAGACAAGUUUUAUAAGACCUCCUACUAAAUGAAAGCAAAGUUAAGAUACUUUUUAUCACAUACCUCAGAAAAGUGACAUUUUGACAAAGUAUAAAGUAAAAAUGAUCAUUUUUCAAUUCAUGAAGUAAUAUCAUUGUCCAUUUGAAGACUGGUGCAACCAAUGAAAAAUGCUCAAGGGUAUAUUACACAUGUGACAUAUACAAAGAAAUACUCCAUGGGUGAUCCAAUUUGCUGGAUAAUGGGUAGAUUAUAUGAUAAAUACAGCAAAAGUAAUUUCAAUAAUUAACUACAAGUAUUAAGUAUUACUGUGAGUCAAGCAAUGAGAUUGUGUGUAAUUUGAAAUUUAAUUGGUAAUAUAUUGAUGAAAAAUCAAACAUGAAAGCUUGCAAACUAGAAAUGAAUCACAAUUAGAAUACAUCCAAAUAUUGUCAAAUACAACUAAAUAUUGUCGAAGUAAACGACAUUAAAAGAAUUAUUAACAACUUUUUAAUAUGCUUGUAUGUAGGAAAGGAAUAUUCAAUCUUAAAUCAUAAGAAGUGGUAUAACUUGAGCCUCAGCUGAUGGUUUUACCACAUUUUUAGAACUCAUUAAUUCAUUUAUCAAUGAUAAUGUUAGACAAUCAACAAGGUUAAGUCUUUUUGAUGUAGUCUGCACACAAUGUACAUACAGUAUAGUAUGCUGUUUUCUUUGCUGGUCUCGUAUUUCAAGGAUGACAAACAACAGAGUAUCAGGGAAGUGUUUGUUGUGUUAAUUGAUCCGUGAACAGCCAGGGACAUCUCAAGUCUAUUUGUAGUAGCUGGUGGCUACCUGUUUCGCAACUUCCUGAGAAAUGCAAAUCGCCAAGGAUAGUGAGCGUCAAAUCACACAUCUCGUAUCUUCACCUGGCAUUUCAUAGGCCAACUGGGCUAUCUCAGCCUCUGAAUCAGAGUAAAUUACAGGGUAAACAUAUUUAUAUCAUUAGAGAGUCAUUGUAUAUGUACCAUUGUUGUUACAUAACAUGUAUGUCAGAGGGUAUAAAAAGUACCCAGUGCUUGAAAUGUGCCAUAUACUUGUUAUACUAUAUGUUUCGUUUUAUUUCUGUGAUAUUGGUGGUUCCAUAAUUAUCCCAUUUCUCUCAUGUGAAAGGAGGUCACUGUGACUUGUUUGACAUUUCACUGAUUUCCGUAAUACAUUUGACAUAAUGCUUCAAAUUUCUUUAAACAUUUGCUCUUUGCGUCUGAAGUUUGUCUAGAAUGAAAGGCAGAAAGCAUGUUGCACUACAUCUAUAAAGAUACUGGAUUUAGUUAUUCAGAUAUGUGAACUUUCAUUUGGUUGAAUUGUCUGACCUGAAAUUUGUGGAGCAUUUUAGAUAAAAAGGACACAUAAGAAUUGUAUGAAUUGUUUUUGAAGAUGUGACUUCUGGGUUUCUUCAGUUACAGUAAUGGAAAUACAAUUAAAUAUUUCCAAAAAUAGAUGUAAAUACUAUUGUUUAUGAAUGUUACAUUUUUACAUUUCUUCUUUACUUGAUACAUAUAAAAAAUCACACAGCAAAACUGGAGUACUAUUGGAGCUGAGCUGAUAAUUUGUCUAUCAUAAUGACUGAACAACUGGUUCUGGUUAUUCAAAGGCUGGUUUGUCAGAGAUAGCUAUUAGUUUGUGCAAAUUUUAAACUUUAAUUAAAUGAAAUUGGGAACAUUCUUUAUUAUUUCACGGCUGUAGAUUUGUCAAACCUGAUCAAAUUGAUGUAUUUUAAGUGUUAAAUUUGCCUUGAACAUUCCUGUUUUUUCAGUGGCAGUAAUUUACCUUUUUCAUUAACUUGUCAAUUCUGAUUUAAAAGUGUUUUGAGUAACCAGAGCUAGGUGUACUUACCAAUAAACAUAUCAUUGUACUUAGUUGUCGUGUUUUCAUAAGAAUUUGUUCAACUCCUGUGUUGAUAAUAUUGAUUAUCUGCCUUACAUUAAUCAGAUAUCCUAUACUUCUUUGGAGAUUUAUAUAUAAUCAGUUUACGUUUUAUUAGGUGAAAAACCAGAAUGGUGCUGCUUAUAUAAAUAAGAUGCAAUAAAAACAAGAAACAUU